GAGCCUCGACGUUGUUGAAAAGUAUUUGUCUACGGCACUAAAUCUGGUCAAGAGCCAGAGAAUUAAAAAUUAAUUUAUUUUUAAUAUUCCCCUUUUAAUUUAAUUAAAUUUCAUCAUUAUCGCACGUUUUGACCAUUUUGACCUUUCUCAGCUUUUUUUAUCCUUUCGAAGGUUUCUAUGAUUACAUAUAGAUUUAUUUGGCCUUUACAAUAGCCUUUUCUUCCCCUUAAUCCAAUUUUCCUCCAUUUCACCAUGUUUCGUAAAAGGUUAAAUCAGAACAACUUUUUCCACCGAGGGGGUGGUAACGAUUCAUCUAAAUCAUACGGGAAAGGCGGUGGCUCCUCAUUUGACCGUUACCAAACUCGUGAAGAUUCUAAGGAUUCCUCUAAAGAUGAUUCAACCAAUAACAAGAGUACACAACAACAGAGUAGUGAAAGACAGAAAGAAGAUAAAGGGAGAGAACACAACGGACCUGGUCACCAGAACGGUUCAGUUGACGACAUGACUAAAAUGCUUCUAAAGUAUCAUUCAACCCGUUUUAAAGAGUGUAAGAGACUUGCUAACUCCUCUGAACCUAACGAAACGGAAUCUAAGAGCUCAGUUAGUCCUGAGGCUAAGACCGAGUCUCCUGAACCCUCCCACAAAUCAUACAGGUCCAACUACAGUUACAGGUCUUCCUACUCUCGAGAACGGGCUCACGAACGCCAUAAAUUCAAAUCUGAUCGUUAAUCUUUUGCAAUACUACAUGA